AUUACGCGAAAACACACGUCCAAAGCGGAACGUGAAUCAGCUGAACUCUAAAAAAUCAAUACGCGCGCGUUACACAAAUUGUUUUGAUAGUUGCAACAUUUAGACAGGUGCUAACUGCUGUAAUAAUUUUUAUUUAUUUAGUUUUAAAAUUACUCACUUGAGUGAACUGAAAUAAAGCUAGCUUUAGCUUUUAAUUUUGUUUAUUGAGUGUCGAAAUUAAAUUAUCUCCGGUGUGAACAUAGCCUCAGGUGGUCGCUGCAGUUGGAUUGCUGGUGUUCUGUACCAGAUGGCGCAGUAGUACUCGUGAUGUUGUUACAUACCGUAUGGGCGUGUGAGUGCUUGUGUAAAAAUUAAGUGUUUUGUGAUGUUAAAAUCGCUUACGGAGCGUAAAAACGGUAUAUGAACUGCAAUGUGAAUUAGAACACACGCCCACGAGUGCCUUACAAACGAAGUGCCUUAAACAAACAAACAGACAAGCAAACGAACGAAACAACGACCUACGAAUAUUUCAUACGGUACCAACUGAGACAAGCACACCGCAAGCAUCGUCGCCGGCGUGACGUAGUAUCAGAGAGCGCGUGGAGAGAGCGCUGCAAUUCGACUGGAGGCGGCUGAUUUCAGACCACCCAACUCCCGAAAGACGACGACGUCACCGCUCGUUCAGCCAAGAGCGGACGCGGCGGAGGCCUAGCGCGCAGUCUCUAGACCUCGAGCCGCAGGAUAGCCGGCACCACACUGCUACCAUACACAGAGCGCACUCCCUGAAGAAAAUGGCGACGCUAUCUCUCAAGAUCUCGCUGGAUGGCGGCAAGGUGGUCAAAACUAUACAGUUCGAGCCAACUACCACCGUGUACGAUGCGUGUCGCAUCAUACGCGAGAAGAUACUGGAGGCGAACGCUAGCGAACCCAAGGAGUACGGUCUCUUCUUAGCAUCAGAGGAAGACAACAAGAAGGGGAUAUGGCUGGAGGCGUCCCGCAGCCUGGACUACUACAUGCUGAGGAACGGGGACCUGCUGGAGUACAACAAGAAGAGCAGGAACCUCCGCGUGCGCAUGCUGGAUGGCACAGUGAAGACGCUCCUGGUUGACGACAGCCAGAUCGUGGCCAACCUGAUGGUGGUGAUAUGCACCAAGAUCGGCAUCACCAACUACGACGAGUACGGUCUGGUGCGUGAAGAGCAGAAGGAAGAAUGUGACCCUUGCGACAAGCCCAACUAUGGAACUCUGACGCUGAAGAGGAGACAUCACGACAAGGAGCGAGACCUCAAGAUGGAACAGCUGAGGAAGAAACUCAGGACUGACGAUGAAGUGAACUGGGUGGAGCCGGCGAAGACGUUACGCGAGCAGGGCAUCGACGUUACGGAGACCCUGCUGCUGCGGCGGAAGCUGUUCUUCUCGGACCGGAACGUGGACUCGCGCGACCCCGUGCAGCUCAACCUGCUGUACGUGCAGGCGCGGGACGCCAUCCUGGACGGCACGCACCCCGUCACCCAGGACAAGGCCUGCGAGUUCGCCGGCAUCCAAUGUCAGAUCCAGUUCGGGGACCACAAGGAAGACAAGCACACGCCCGGAUUCCUCGACCUGAAGGAGUUCCUGCCGUCGUCGUACGUGAAAGUGAAGGGCAUCGAGAAGAAGGUGUUCAAGGAGCAUCGCAAGCACGCCGGCCUCAGCGAACUGGACGCCAAGGUGCUGUACACCAAGAGCGCCAGGGACCUGAAGACUUAUGGAGUCGCCUUCUUUCUGGUCAAGGAGAAGAUGAAGGGCAAGAACAAGCUGGUGCCCCGGCUGCUGGGCGUCACCAAGGAUUCGGUGCUGCGGCUGGACGAGAAGACCAAGGAGAUCCUGCAGACGUGGCCGCUCACCACCGUGCGCCGCUGGUGCGCCAGCCCCAACACCUUCACGCUGGACUUCGGAGACUACAGCGACCAGUACUACUCAGUUCAGACGACGGAGGCGGAGCAGAUCCUGCAGGUGAUAGCCGGCUACAUCGACAUCAUCGUGCGCAAGCAGCGCGCCAAGGACCACCUGGGCAUCGACGGGGACGAGGGCUCCGCCAUGCUGGAGGACUCUGUCUGCCCCUCCAGGGCCAACAUUAUCCAACACGACACGUUCAAAUCUGGCAAAGUCAGCACAGAGUCUGUCGCCAAACCCGCCGUGCAUAGGCCGGGAGCUGAAGGAGCGAAGCCGUUCGCGAUGAGCCACGUGACCGGCGCCCAGCAGACCACGGUCUCUGGCCAGAUCAUCACGGGCCACACGCCGCCCGCUGCUUCCCAAGUCCAACAGACCAAGGUGACCUCCGUACUGUCGGAGCCGCAACGAGCCUUGCUCACUACCAUCACCAGCGGACGAGAAGUCAUCAAGAGGAGCGAAGAGGGACUGGCUAGGGCCACCCUCCCGGACCUGGGCCACGACGCGACGUCGCUGAAGUGGAAGCAGGUGACCCUGGACACCAACAAGCAGGUGGUGACGUCGCACAUCGCCGCCAUGAACGCCGCCACCGCUCAGGUCGUCACUCUGACUUCCGGUCCAACGGAAGAAGUGGACCACACGGCCGUGGGGGCGGCCAUAACGACCAUCACCUCGAACCUGCCGGAGAUGACGAAGGGCGUCCAGAUGCUGGCCGCGCUGCUGGAGGACGACAACGGCGAUAGGCUGCUGGACGCCACCAGGAAGCUGUGCAGCGCCUUCAGUGACCUGCUCAGGGCUGCCGAGCCCGAGGCCAAGGAGCCGCGUCAGAAUCUGCUAAAUGCGGCGUCUCGCGUGGGAGAAGCCUCCACCAGCGUGCUCCACACCAUCGGCAACGAGACGGAGCACGACAAGGAGACGCAGGACAUCCUCCUGUCCCUGGCCAAAGCCGUGGCGAACACGACCGCCGCCCUGGUGCUGAAGGCCAAGAACGUGGCCGGCCAGUGCCGCGACGACCAGCAGCUGCAGAACUCCAUCAUCGCGGCCGCCACCAACUGCGCGCUGGCCACCAGCCAGCUGGUCGCUUGUGCCAAGGUGGUGGCGCCGACGAUCCACAACCCAGCGUGCCGCGAGCAGCUGCUGUCCGCGGCGCGACAAGUCGCACAAGCGGUCGACCGACUGGUGGACGCGGCGCGGCCCGCGCCCGACCGCGCCGGCCUGGAGCAGCUCUCCGCCGCCGCGCAGCGGGUCUCCCACGAGCUGGAGAGGCUGCUGGCGCACUGCGAGCCAGAGCGCGGCACGGCGACAGUGAGCGAGCGCAACGUGGAGACGGUGCUGAGCGCGAGCGAGCGCGUGCUGGAGUGCGGCGACGCGGGCGAGCUGGUGGCGCAGGCGCGGCUGCUGGGGCAGGCCUCCGCGCGGCUCAUCCAGGGCAUCAAGUCGGAGGCGGAGAGCCAGCCGUCGCAGUCGCAACGCAAGCUGCUGGCGGCCGCCAAGCUGCUGGCGGACGCCACGGCGCGCAUGCUGGAGGCUGCCCGGCAGUGUGCUUCCUCGCCGCAGGACCGCGAGAAACAAGACGAAUUACGUCGCGCCGCCGAAGAGUUGAGAUACAUAACGGCCGACUACGCCGAGGGGCAAGACAUCGUCGGCUCGCAGGUGGCAAGGCUUCAGGAGAGCGCCAGGCAGGCGGCUUCGUCGGCCACGCAGCUGGUGACGGCCGCGCACCACGCCGCCGACCACAUCACCAACAAAUAUUCACAGGAGAGCCUCUCGACAGAGAGCCGCGCCCUGGGCUCCGCAGUCCCCCAGCUGGUGGACGCGGCCGGCGCUGUGUCUGCGCAGUCGCCGGCCUCGCAGCUCGACCUCAUCUCCGCCUCGGAGACGCUGCUGCAGUCGAGCGGCCACGCGAUAACAGCGGCCCGCGGAGCCCUGCCUACUGUAGCUGACGCGGCGGCGGCCAGAAACUUGGCCGACACUGCGCACCAAUUGACGGGCAGAUGCGCCGACCUCAGAUCAGCCGUAUCCCGGGCCCGGAUAUCUUGCAAGGGUUUGGAAAUGGACGCGGCGGCGGAGAUCAUAAGAUCUCUACAGGAGGAGUUGGAUGAGCUCGAGCGAGCUGCCGAAGCCCUGGAGCUCAGGCCGCUGCCCGAGCAAACGCCGGAAUGGGCCCUGAGCACGAUGCAGACGGGCUCCCGAGCAGCGGGCGCGGCCACGGCGGCGCUGGCGGCGGCGGCGCGGCGCGCGGAGCCGGCGGGCUGCGCGCGCGCCGCCGCCGAGCUGGCGGGCGGGCUGCGGCUGCUGUACCGCGGCGUGUGCGCCGGCGCCGCGCACCACCACCAGCCGCACAGGGUGAUAUCGUCGACCCGCCACGUGUUCCAGUCGUCGCUGACCCUCGUGGACACCGUGAAGACAUGCCUGAACAGCUCCGAGCCGCUGGACACGGCCCACAUCGUGUCCCUCGCCAAGGACAUAACUCACGGUCUGGAGCAAACCAUGGAGGCGGUGCCGUCGCACGCCGAGCUGGACCUGGCCGCGGAGAACAUCAACUCCACCCUGGACGUGCUCAACAGCGGCCAGUUCCCGCCGCGCUCCGACAGGACUUACAGCGAUCUCCAAUCGGAGCUGAACUCGGCUGCCAUAGGUCUCAGCAACGCAGCCUCAGACGUGGUCUCCGGCGUGGACGAGAAGCAGCGGCUGGCCGCCAGCAGCGAGACCUUCGGCGACCAGUUCACCAGGCUGGUGGGCGUGUGCAUGGAGAUGGCUGGCAGCACUGAGGACCGAGAAACCCAAACGGUGAUGGUGAACUCGAUGAAGACUGUGACUGUCAACUCGUCGAAACUGCUGUCCACUGCCAAGUCAGUCAGUCAGGACCUGACUCGUCCGAACGCCAAGAACCAGCUGGCGGCCGCUGCCCGCGAAGUCACCGAGAGCAUCAACCGACUUGUGGACGUCUGCACGGAAGCGGCGCCCGGCCAGAAGGAGUGCGCGGCGGCGAUCCGCAGCAUCGAGAGCACCCGCCCCCUGCUGGAGAACCCCAGCCAGCCCGUCAGCUCGCUCGGCUACUUCUCGUGUCUGGACUGCGUGGUCGAGCAGAGCAAGGCGUUGAGCGAAGGCAUGUCCGGCAUGGCGGGCGCGGUGAAGAGAUCGGACCCGACCUCGCUGUCGGCGUCGGUGUCGGCCGUGGCGGCCGCCGUCACCGGCCUGGUGGAGUGUACUGCGCAAGCCGCUUAUCUGACGGCGGUGUCGGACGAGAGCAGCGCGGCGGGGCGCCCGGGGCUGGUGGACCAGGCGGCGUUCGCGCGCGCCGCGCUGGAGAUCCGCCGCGCCUGCCGCGCGCUCGCCGACCCGCACACCGACCAGCACCAGGUGUUAUCGGCCGCCACGGUGAUAGCCAAGCACACGUCGGCGCUGUGCAACGCGUGCAGAGUCGCGUCGAGCAAGACCGCCGAGCCGGCCGCCAAGCGGCACUUCGUGCAGGCCGCGAAGGACGUCGCCAACUCCACUGCGGCACUCGUGAAGGAAAUCAAGGCGUUGGAUACGGAUUAUAGCGAGGAGAAUCGAGCCAAAUGCGCGGCGGCCACCGGCCCGCUGUCCGAGGCGGUGAGCAGCCUGUGCCAGUUCGCGGACAGUCCCGAGUUCGCGUCCGUGCCGGCCAGGAUCUCCGCGGCGGCCAGGCGCGGCCAGGAGGCGGUGCUGGCGGCGGGCAGGGACAUAAUCUCCGGUUCGUGCGCCAUGCUGGAGUCGGCCAGGGUCCUGGCCCUGAGCCCGCAGGAGAGGGCGCAGUGGCAGCAGCUGGCCGCCCACAGCAAGACAGUCUCCGACAGCAUCAAGUCCCUCGUCCACAAUAUACGCGAGAAAGCGCCGGGCCAGAGGGAGUGCGCCGCGUCGCUGGAGACUCUGUCCACCCUGCUGAGGCAGAUGGACCACGUGUCCAUACAGGCGGUCGGCCAGCAGCUGCCGCCCAAGAAGUCGAACACGUUGCAAGGUUACAUGGAGCAGAUAGAGAACAGUGCGACAGAGAUGGAAGAACGCCUGGAGCCGCUGAGGGUGGCGGCCGUCGGGCAGGCCGAGAACCUGGGCCACGCCGUGCUGCAGCUGAUAUCGUACGCCGAACCCCUCCUGAACGGCACGGUGGGCGCCGUGUCCAACAUGACGGAGAACAGCAGCCAGUCGUCCCUGCUGCAGCACACCAGGACGGUGCUGGAGACGCUCACGUCCCUCGUGCAAGCGGCCAAGACAGCGGCCGGCAGCCCCAGGGCGGUGGCCAGCCACGGCGAGGUGGCGGCGCAGUGCGGGGCGGCGCGCGCGGCGCUGGGCGAGCUGCGCGCGCGCGUGCUGGCGCUGAGCGCGGAGCGCGGCGCCGUGCGGCCCGCGCUCGAGCAGCUGGCGCGCGCGCAGCGCCGGCUGCAGGAGCACAGGAUGUCCCUGUUGGAAUCUUACGAUGAGAACGACUCGUUCGUCGAUUACCAGACGCGCAUGGUGGGCGCCGCUAAAGAGAUCGCGCGCUUGGCCGCUGAUAUGACAGCGAAGUCGGCGACGGACCCCAGCCGCCUGGUGGCGCUCGGCAACGAGCUGUGCCAGCGGUACGAGCAGCUGGCGCAGGACAGCGUGGGCGCCGCGCACACCACCUCCAACGCGGACGUGUCUGACAGGAUCCGCGUGGCGGUGGUGGAGCUGGGCGAGGCUUCCUCGUCGCUGGUGCUGGCGGGCGGACAGUGCCGGCUGUCGGCCGUGCCGCAGCACCAGCGGGCGGUGGCCGACGCUGCCAAGACCGUGUCGGCCAAGGUGGUGUCGGUGCUGGGCGCGCUGCAGGCGGGCUCGCGCGGCACGCAGGCCUGCAUCGACGCGGCGGCCACCAUCGCCGCCAUCAUCGGCGACCUCGACACCACCAUACUGUUCGCCAGCGCCGGCACUCUCCACUCUGAAAAGGAAACGGACACUUUCUCUGAUCACCGCGAGAGCAUCCUGAAGACUGCCAAAACCCUGGUGGAAGACACCAAGACCCUGGUGGGGGGAGCGGCCGGUACCCAGCAGCAGCUGGCUGACGCUGCGACCAGCGCCGUCAACACUAUAGUGUCCCUGUGCGAAGUGGUGAAGCUGGGCGCCAUGUCGCUGGGGUCGGGCAGCGCGGAGCCGCAGGUGCUGCUGCUGCACGCGGCGCGCGACGUGGCGGGCGCGCUGCGCGACCUGGCCGCCGCCACCGCCGCCGCCGCCGGCCAGCACGCGCUGCACGCGCACAUGCAGCGGCUCAAGCACGCCGCCAAGCGGCUGGAGAAGCGGUGGAGUCUGCAACCGCGCCCCAACACCGUGCCGAAACCCAAACGUCGCUCCGUCAACAUUAACCUCAGAAAUGACUCCUGCGACUCUGAGACCGAUAUCUUCCAAUCGGACCAAGAGGAUGAGCUCAUAAAGCUAUUGGACUAUUCCAGUCAGGAUGACGAUGUAUCGCCCAGUGUGUUCCAUGAUAAUUGUGAAGAAGUAAUCACGUAUAUAGAAGGUUUGAUGCAAGAAGUGACAAAGAGAGAUCGAAAAGAUGACGGUUUGAACGAAAGAUAUAACACAGCGGCCAUGAACAGCUUGGUCGAUAUGGAUUGGAGAGUUAUGAAGUAUGGUGAGAAUAUUCUCUUAGGUGAAGUCAAGAAAUUGGUUGAUCUGUUCAUCGAAUUGAACGAUAGAGCUGUUCUGAAGAGAAAGAGGGAUAAAUUGAACAAAUUGAGGAUUAGCAACGAUCUGGACGAUGAAAUGAAAAGGCUGUCGCAAGUUAUAGAUGAUUUAGACUCUGAAAUUGAAACCGAUGAGGGCCCAGUCAAAACUACAACAAUUAAAACUAUACAGACUACGUCGCCAGUGAAAAAAACAAAGAUAGAUGAUAAAUUGUCUAAAAUCAAAUCGCCAGUGUUCAAAGUUAAGAAAGUUAGACCUGUCAAUUUGGUUAUUAAUCUAGAUUUUAAACAUCCGAAUGAAAGUACAAUCGAACCAGUAAAAAUGCUAAGUCCAGAGCAAAAACAAAAAGAUGAAUCUACAGAAAUGAUUGUCAAACCUGAAACUAAAGAGGUGAAAUCUGAAUUCUGGAACCUCUUUAGGGAUGAUAAAGAAUGGUGGAAGUUUAUUGCUAAAAGAAAUCUGGAGAGAAUGGAAGAAACUAGACGUGAAUUGGAGAGAUUCAGCGGCCACGAACUAGUUUUAGGAGAUUAUCAGACAGAGAUAGAUAAAUAUGAGAAUGAGAAAGAGACGUUACAGGAAUUUAUCGAUGACGUCGAUAGAUCUAAAACUGUAAACAGAGAUAUGGAAUACGAUAAGAAGUAUGAAGAUAUGGUGUUAAAAUUAAUUGAAUUUGCAAAGAAAGAUUUCAUUUACAAAGGCUUCGAUCCGCUGAUUGAGCAAUUGAAAGCGCUGGCUAACGUAAAGAUUGACAAAAGGAAAAAGGUCAACAUACAGGAUAUAAUAAACAUAUACACACAAAUAGACAUAUCUAAAUAUACUUACGAAGAACUGUGUCUGUUAGAGAAGUAUUAUAAAGAGAUUAUAAGAAGAUACAAGAAAGAAAGUGUAAAUAAAGAAAACGUUACACCGAGAGAGGAAAGAUCUCCGAGUCUGAUCAGAGAAACUGAAACCAAAUCAGCGCCGCCCUCUUAUCACAAAAACGUUAUUCUGAACCUCCAUUCAACUCACAAUCUGUCCAAAAACAUCAACCAAUACUCAAGUACUGUAAUCGCAAACGGUAAUUCUCUCGAACGGAACAAAACGAAUAAACAUAACCUAAGGAAUAACACCGAAAUUUUCGAUCUAACUAGGACAUAUCCAAUGGAAUAUUACGCCAACAACUGGUGGACGAUAUACGAAGACGUACUGAAGAGUAGGGAACAACAAUUCGGCUCAAUAGAUAACUGGUGGAGUUUCUACGAGACAAUUCUCAAUAAGCAGGACACUAACGAUGAAGAAUUAAAAAGAUUGCGCGCCGUGGUCAAACAUAGGCACGAAUUGAGAAGUCGUCCAAAUAGCCGAGUCGAGGAGCAGUUGAGGAUGUUGGACGAGGUGGACAACGGCAGGUUUCGGGAGACGGAGGAGGUGGCCACGGGUAGAAAUGAUUCGGUGAUGGUGACCAAUGUGACGUCACUGCUGAAGACCGUCAAGGCGGUGGAGGACGAGCACACGCGAGGCACCAGGGCCCUGGAGUCUACGGUGGAAGCUAUCACGCAGGAGAUUGAGGUACUAAUGUCUGGAACACCACCAAAAUCGACCGCCACUCCGGAGGAGCUGAUCCGCUGCACUCGCCAAAUGACAGUCGCCACAGCCAAGGCCGUGGCUGCCGGGAACGCCAACAAGCAAGACCAGCUGACCGCCGCAGCCAACCUUGGCAGGAAGACGGUGGUGGACCUGCUGAGGGCUUGUAAGGGCGCCGCCCACUCAGCCGAGACCCCCGACCUCCAAACCAGGACCCUGGAAGCUGGACAAUCAGCGGCCCUGGCCUACAGAGCCUUGCUGUCGUGCGUGCUGUCGGCCAGCACCGACCCCUCGGCCAGGCAGCACUUCCCGGAGCUGUCCAGGAGGGUGGCCGUCACUGUGCAGCACAUCAUCGCUACUGCCGAGCUGCUCAAAGGUUCGGACUGGGUAGACCCAGACGAUCCCACAGUGAUAGCGGAAACGGAACUGCUCGGCGCCGCGGCCUCCAUAGACGCGGCCGCCAAGAAACUGGACGCUCUGCGCCCGCGCAAGUCUGUCAAAGUACAGGAGGCGGACGAGAGCCUGAACUUCGACGAGAUGAUACUGGAGGCCGCCAAGUCCAUCAUCACGGCCACUUCAGCGUUGGUACGAGCGGCUUCUGCGGCCCAGAGGGAGCUUAUUGAUCAGGGCAAAGUGGCCCGCCGUCCGACCUCGUCCUCCGACGACGGCCAGUGGUCCGAGGGCCUGAUCUCCGCGGCGCGCCUGGUGGCGGCCGCGGCGCACUCGCUGGUGGAGGCCGCCAACGCGCUGGUGCAGGGGGCGGGCUCCGAGGAGAGGCUCAUAUCCAGCGCCAGGCAGGUGGCCGAGUCCACUGCGCAGCUGCUGGUGGCCUGCAAGGUGAAGGCCGACCCGUCCUCAGAGUCGACCCGGCGCCUGCAGCAAGCGGGCGGCAGCGUGAUCCGCUCCACCGACAACCUGGUGCGGGCCGCCAGGGACGCCAUCACCAGCUGCGACGAGCGCAGCCUGGUGCUCAACCGGAGGAUGGUGGGCGGCAUCGCGCAGGAGAUAGACGCCAGAACGGAAGUCCUCCGCAUAGAGAAGGAGUUGGAGGAGGCCCGCGGCCGCCUCACCGCCAUCCGGCAGGCCAAGUACAAGCUGAAGGCCGACUCCGGCGACGACACCGACGACAUGCUGGGCUACGCCAGCGACGCCUCCGGGGCCAGAUUCAAAACGCCCACAAGCAGCUUCGUGAACACAACGUACAGCCCCAACUCGACUUACACCAGCCAAAACGCCACCAACACCACGUUCAACACCACCCAAAACGCCACCAACACCACCCACAACAUCACACAGGACAGGAGUCCUUUCACACAGACAGAAUCUCACAAAAUCUUCAGCCCCGCACAACAUUUGGAUUCCGUUCAACAAGACCCUGGGCAUAAUCACACGACAACUUCGUAUAAUCAAAACCAACAUUCUUCUUCUUAUUCCGCUCAGAAUAAUUCCUUCAAACAGAGUCCAAACGGUUAUAAAGAAGAGAGUAACGUGCAAAGUCCGACUUUCAGCAGCUUCAGACCGGAUGGACCUAAACAAAGUUACGAGGGAUUCACGACACGAGAUGCAAGACGAAACGACAGAACGAUGAUAAAUAAAAAUAAAAGCAUGGAGGAGAUGGUAGUGAAGUCUCUGCGCCUCCCGGAGGUGCGGAGCGCCGUGCUGGUGGGGGGCGCGCCGCGGGCGCCGCCCCCGCCCCCCCGGAGGAGGGUACUAUUAAACUACGAAACCCGUUUGUACGACACGCCGCGUCCCGCGAACGAAUACAAGGAGGAGCACUUCGAAUCGUCACACUUUCAUAAACAAGAGCAAAAAUACGGCUACGACACGCCAAAGACACCGUUGAGUCCCAAAUUUAACGCGAGAGAAUUGAAAUUCGACGAUAAAGAACCUAUUUAUUCUACCCUCAAAAAACCGACGACACCCAAAUCGUUUGACGGCGUCGGUCAGAGUUUCACUGAACACCAGAAGUCCACCGAAGCCAUACCAGGCGGCACCAAACAUUCUGAGUACACCAUCAAGAGCGAAUCGUAUCAGAGCUAUCCCAAAACCGAGUUCUUCAAGUCCGAAACUAGACAAGAAGUGAAAUCACCUUUCACCACUUCGACACCGGCCAAGGAGUACAAAACUGAUUUGGUGAAAGCGGCCACGCCGGAUUACGAUAGGAUCUCCUCGCCCUACGGCAAAGAGGUUUACAGCUACGGCGGUCCCAAUUACACCGAGGAAACGACGACCGAAGUCAAAGACAUACCCAACGGCACGCAAAAGGUUACCACCACGAAAAUAUACAGCUCGUCGCCUGUCAACAUGACGAGUACCAAUACUAAAUACGAGCCGAUAAAACUGGAGGGUAUCGAUGAGUUGUCCAAAUCGUUCGACAACGACUCCAGAUACAGCACUUUGGACUCUAGAUUCAACACUUUAGAGUCCAAAAUGAGUUCGGAUACCAGUCGGUCGUUCAUGAGGCCUUCGGAGUUCAAAGCCGAGUUUGCCAGCACGUCGUCGAUGAAGAAGCCCUCGGAUCUGGUGAAGGAGAUCGACAGCUUGGACAAUAAGUUCUCGAAGCAGACGAUCACGUCUGAGACGAUCGAGAGGAAGUCGGUGAUGACCAGUUCUCAUAAAUCGGAAUCCAGCUCUACAGUGACGAAGAAGUUCGGCAAUUUCUGAGGUAGAUAUAUAUAUAUACAUACUAGCUUCGAUACCAAUUUUCUGUGACAGAUUAAUAAUGCAAUUUCUGAAUAGUAUAUUUAGAAGAGUUUACGCUUACAUUUCUGAGGCCUGUGCAUUUUAUUAGUUACAUUUAUUUUUUUAAGAUUUAAAAAAUGAUCAGAAGCGAAUGUUUUUCUGUUUGUGUAAAAUGUAAGCCAUAUUUUCUCACUCAUUUAAAUGAUGAUGACAGGAUUCUAUUCUUCAAAAUUGAGCCUCGAAACUUCGUCAAUAAAUGUCAAAAACAUUUUUUUUUUAAUAACUAAUAUAAAACAGUUUCGCGUUGUAUAUAAACAUCUUAGUAAAAAAAUUACAUUUUUGAUGUGUAACAUCUUUUAUCUCGUCAUUUUUAAGUGUUUGAUAGAAAGUUAGUUGUGUGCCUGCCUCUACAAUCUUGUGGGAUUUCAGAUGUUACACAUGAUAUGUGACUACUGAACGGUUUUUAUAUCGUCGUCCUUGUCUCAAUACCGAUUAUUAUUAUUAAAUUUAUUAAAGGUACUCUUUUGAUAAUUCAAAAAAAAAAUUUAAGUACUUAAAGAACAAUGAACACUUCCAAAUUCUCGUGUCUCAGAUUAAUUUAAUCAAAAUAAAUUAUUUUAUUUUGAUUAUUUUCAUAAAUUAAAAUAAAAUAAUUAAUAUUAUUUAAAUUUUUUGAAUUUUACGUGAUAAUCUUAGAAAUAUUUGUACUUGUUUGAAAUCAAAGUUAUUGUUUUUAAUUAUUUGAAUAUUACUAUAGUAGUCAAACAGAAAUGUAAGCGUAAACGAGUAACUUCACGACAAGCUUUUAAAUUCGCUUGGCUUUUGAAUGUCUAAUUGACGAAUUGUUGAUGUCUCACGCUAUUGUAGUAGAAAUAAGUGUACUUAUUAAAUACAAAGUGAUUGUUUAUAACAAAUUUGAAUCGUGUGAUAUAGGAGUGCAUUUUUUGUCGUUCGUAAAUGAAUAUUUAUUUAAAUUGUAAGAGAUAAUAUAAAUAUAUAUUUAUUUUUAUUAUUGACAUGUCUCGGACGUUUUGUAGUUGCACUAACUUGCAUGUGUUAUCAUAAUCAGAAAAAUAAUGAACUAAUUAAAAAAAUAAUAAUAAUAACACUGAAAAGUGAAACGGUUACUAAAAUGUAUUUCCCAAAUUUUCGAAAGAUUUUAUUAAUGUUGAGCAAAUUUUUUUUGUAGUAUACCACUUUACUGUUGCGUAAAAUAAAUAAGAUUAUUAAUAAUAUUUAAAAUUUUAUGAGUGUAAUAAAACAUAAACACGGUUGGUUUCUUAAAUUAGGUAUUUUUUUAUUUAGUUUAUAAAAAUGUACACAAAUUUCGCUUGCCUUAUUCGAUUUUAUAUAAAGUAAAUAACCUUUUCUUUAUACACCUGUAAUUCUAAAAAUUGAAAAAAAAUAUAUUAAAAGUCUUAUCUAUUUAAAAUGUCUAAUUUAAGAAAUCAGUCGUUGUCGACCGGUGCUAUUGUAUAAGAAGAACGCGGUGCCUAACAGUUAGCCCUAACCGGCCUACUGUUCAGAUAUUCUAUAUAGUAUUGAGGCGUUUUUAAUCAAGGGGAAACGUCUUUUGCGAUAUUAUACAAUGCAAAAAAUAUAGGGACGUCCCUGAAUUAAAUUUUCUGAUUUUGAAACAAUUAAAUCUAUAAUUUAAUGACGAGUAUUAUGUAUUAUUUUUUCUAAAUUGUAAAUAUGAUCAGUUUUUUCUAUAUUGAAUCUUUUAUGUUACUUUAGUAAUUAAAUAAUAAUUUUGUCUAAAUUUGGACAGAUUAGUUUUUAUAUAUGAAAGUAAAUUUUUUAAUUUACUACUCCUGUACAAUAUUUGUCAUUAAUAAAUUGCGUUUGAUGUUUCAAAUCAGACGGAAAAAAACACGCAUACACAAAAUAUAAAUAAUGAGAAAACAAACGUGCCUUUGUUCUUGUGCCAAAAGUUAACAAUUUAUAAUUUUUUUAAAAAUAGCAACAUUCACAAUUUUUUUAAUCUAAAAUUUUUUGAAGUCCUCUGCCGAAAUAUACCUUUAUUUAUAACAAGAAAUUAAAUAUAAUAACUUUUAUUAAAAUUUAUUAUUUAUGUGUAUGUGUGUUUUUAUCCAUCACGCCUGAAUCACAAAGUGCCAGCCCUGCGGGGGACCUUACUUCUAGAUGCCUUCAGAAAUUAUAUAUAUAAUUUAUUUAUAUUGUAUUCUGAUUGGAAUACAAUACGUGCAGCUGCAAUAUUAAUGUUUAAGUCGAAGAAAAUUUUACUGUUUCAUAAAAAAAAAAUUAACGUGAAAUAAAUCAUAGCAUCGAACAAAAAGAAAUAUUUUUUUUAUUAAUAAUUCUAAUCGUUAAUUUACUUUAAAAAAAACUCUGUAUAGAAAUUUGCAUUAUUUAGUUUUAAGUUUAUUUAAACUUGAAUUUUUAAAUAAAAUAAAAUCAAUUUUAAUUUACAACUACAUUAUACCUACUUAACAUUCAAAUUGCAGCUGCCAAGUUACUAACGAACGCCUUGUGUGCCAUUAUUUAUAUGUUUAUUUUGACAUUGUGCCUUUGUCGAGACGUGGGAGACGAAGUUGUAGGAUGGUAUUGUGCGGGCGAGUACCUAUAAUAUAAAAUUAUAUAAUUCUUAUGAAAACUAAUUCGCUCGCACAUACCAUAGUAAUUGAUGAAAUUUUCAAUGUGCCAUUGUCAGCCAUAAAAUAAGUAAAUAUUUGUAAAUAACAUAACUUGGUACUAUUUGUAGCAGUAGUGAUUAAUGGUGCGUUUUCUCCAUGACUAUAUAUAUAAGUUAUAUUUACCACGAAACCUUUGAAAAUCAAAUGUAAACUAUUACUGUAUGUACUGCAUUUUUUUUGCAAUGAGAGCAUACUUAUUAUACUUACAAAUUACUUUAUCGUUUCGUGGUGGAAAACUAGUUACUGACAUAACAUACUAUUUAAUACAUUUAACAUAAUAACAUUUUAUUAAAAAAAAGUGAUUAUUGUAGUCUCAGAACGAAUUAUGAAUUAAAAAGAAAUAUUUCAUUCAUCACAUCUAUAUACCUUGCGGGGACAGAGCCAGCAUUCUUGAAAGACUGUAAAGGCUACGUUAUUACAUUGAAGGAUCUGAGACUAUAACUAAUGCUUUAUGCCCAAAAAACAAAAUAACAAGGCAGCUUUUAAAAUUACCAAGCGACAUAAAACUUUUCUCAAGAUAUAAUAAUGUAUUGGUUUUUUUUUGUAGCAAAAUAAUGACGGUGUCUUCAGAAGUAGCCUGAGGCGUAUUCGUUCUUCAACACAUAUUAUUAUUCUUUCUAUGUAUUAUUAAUAAUAUAUAAAAAUUAUAGAGUCAACGUGCCUUAAUUUUGCAAAUUUUACGAAAUAUAUAUUAAGUGGCUUUUUAAAUAACAGCAAUAUUUUCACAAUAUAAUAAGAUUAUUAUAUUUUAUUACACAGAACUCUUUUGCUUUCCAUUCUGAUCCGUCUAUUAUAUUUGGUCAGAAAAUUUGGCUGAUAUAUUAAGCCCUACUUUGUAUUUUACAAUUUUAACAUUAUAAGAGAUGCCCGCGGAAGCGAUUCGUCCACUGAAGGUAUUGAAACACCAAUUUCAUAGUUUUAGAACACAUAGAUUACUAUAUUAUGUAGCUUUUGACAUAAGAUAGAUAUAAUGUAUAUUUUACGCCCUUAUAAUGUGGCGAAUAUUUUUCUUAUAUUAUUAUCUGGCGGAAAUGAAAAUUUGUCACUUAAUUAAAAUUGAUAAUUUAAAAACUUAAUUGAAUCUAUUUUUAAGGGCGUGGUUACUUCAACAAGAAGUGGCGUUUGGGCUAAAACCUGUGUCUUAUUAAAUAACAUUGAAAAUAAAUGUAAUAUUCUGUAAUCAUUUUUAAUAUACAUUUAAAGUUAAAUGUAAUUCGCUUCUUAGAAUGUACUAAUGAUUAUAAAAUGAUUAUUGCAUAAUAUUCAAUGUAGUUUUUUUAUACUUAGAUAUUAAUUAAUUGUACCCUAUGUAAUGGAAAUGUCAAUAUCAGAAAACCAAAUAAAAAUACUAAUUAUUUUUAUUGUUUAAUUAAUUUAUGGUUCGGAUUUGAUUUCUUAUUGAUUUGUUAAUAUUUUCUGAGAUUUUAUUUGAUGUAGCUAUAGCGCGGGCCCCACGGGGAUGUACCGUAUGAAAUAUUGUAUGUAAUAAACGUAACUCAUGUAAUGUU